AUGGUCGUGGUCGCUUUCUUCAUCUACAAAGGUGGUGCCUUGCGAGAGCUGUUGCAGCUGCUGUCUGACGCAAGGGGAAACUACGGGAAUGGAGAAAACAGUCAGAGCAUCCGACUCCGAAACCAGAAGCUGGCACACCGCCUGUAUAUAUUCAUGCAGGUGGCGCUGCUGCAGGGCCUCGCCGCGUGGUUCUCCACGCCUCUACUGGCGCGCGCAUUCCUCACCUCAGAUGAGGACUCACUUGAAUCUGCUCGCCAGCUCCCAGUGCCCUUUUGGUUUCCUGGAAAUAUGUACUUAUCACCCACAUACGAAAUACUCUAUAUCAGUCAAGCUUUCUGUCAACUAGUAGUGACUCAGUCUGCGACUUGUGUUGACGCCUUUUUCAUCCACAUAAUGCUGGUGGUGGCAGCUGAGCUAGAAGUUUUGAACGAAAACAUUACAGCCAUCCAGAAGCUUCGUAUUAAGCUUCAAGGAAUGGAAUAUCAAGAGAGCAAUCUUGGGAUUGUAGCUAAACACGAAGAACCAACUGUGUUCGUGUCAUCAGAGUGCACCCCAGACGAAAUGUACCUGCAAAUGGUGAAGAAUAUUCAGCAUCAUUACGUAAUUCUCAGAUCCGUCUCCCUCUUGCAGAGAAUAAUGAAUGUAUCGAUUUUCAUCCUUCUUUUUGUCAACAUGGCGGAUUUGUGUUCCUGUAUAUUUGUUUCUGCUGUGGUGUUGCAGAGAGAUGGGAAUAUUACAAAGGCGUUAAAGCCACUGAUGACCAUCCCACCUAUCCUAUACGAAACUUUUCUGUACUGCAUUGUUGGGCAGAUCUUAACUGAUCAGAGUGAGAAGCUGGUCAACUCUGCCGUCAGCUGUGGCUGGGCAGACGGCGACGCCCGCUUCAAGAGGAGCCUCCUCGUCUUCAUGACGGUGGCCGGGCGGCCUCUGGAGAUCACGGUGGGCAAGAUGUGCAAGCUGUCCAAGCAGAUGCUUGUACAGGUGCUGAAUGGAACAUAUGGCCUGUUGAACUUGCUGUAUCAUUUUAACAGUACCAAGUGA